AUGUCCAACAAUUCGCAAACUUUAUUAGAUAUUUUUCAAGAGAUCUUGGCGGCAUCUGGCAAUUCUUCCAAUAGCAAGACCAUCAAUGAGACGAGAAUUCUAUCGGCUUUAAAGGAGCAGGCAUCAAAAGGAAAGCCUGAAAAUUUUGGCUCUGUUUUAAUCAAAGUAGUAAGUGAUGUUCAGAGCAAAUUAAAUCUAUCCAUAAAGCCAGACGGCUAUUGUGGUUAUUGUGAGGGAGAUUUUCGGGAUGUCAUCCAUGCUUAUAACGGCAUUCAUGGAUAUGUCAGUCUUAUGGUAUGCACAAUAGGCGUGAUAGCGAAUACAAUGAACGUGGCGGUGCUGACACGUCGCGAUAUGGCAGCGGCGCCAAUCAAUCGCCUGUUGAAGUGGCUGGCUGUCGCAGACGUUUUCGUCAUGCUUGAAUACGUGCCAUUUUCUAUAUAUAAAUACUUGGUACUACCUGAGAAAUUGGAUUUUCCGUAUUCGUGGGCGAUGUACUUACUCUUUCAUAUGCAUUUCGCUCAAAUAUUACAUACCGCGUCGAUAUGCCUCACACUGUCGCUAGCAAUAUGGAGAUACAUCGCAAUAAAAUAUUCAGAUAGAAGUCAUAUUUUGUGCACUGAACGGCGAUGCAGUAUUGCUAUCUUGACCAGUUUCUUGUUGCCGCCAAUAUUGUGCAUACCAACAUUUAUGGUAUUUGACAUUCACACAAAGAAUAUUACCGCCGUAAAUGGCAGGCCGUCAUAUAUUGCCUACCAUGUAGACUCGGACAGUCAAGGCAGACUAUAUCAAUUGAAUUUUUGGGUGCACGCUGUACUUAUCAAAUUGCUACCAUGCUCUAUUUUGACUGUAAUAAGCGUGUGGCUUAUAAGAGCGUUGUACAGUGCCAAUCAGCACCAGAAGAAUUUGAGAAACUACAGCUCAUGCCCAGCCGCCGAGAAAAUGGUAAAACGCCAACAUAAAGCGGAUAAGAGAACGGAUAGGACGACGAAGAUGUUACUGGCCGUUUUACUGCUUUUCCUCGUGACGGAAUUACCUCAAGGGAUAUUGGGUUUGAUGAGUGGAUUGCUUGGAUGGUGUUUCUUCAAACGUUGCUACGAUCUGUUUGGAGAAAUGAUGGAUUUCUUAGCGUUGCUGAAUGGCGCGAUAAACUUUAUAUUAUACUGCUCGAUGUCCAGGCAGUUUAGGCAGACGUUUAGGCAGCUAUUGUUACAAAGGCACUUCGCUCGCUUCCUGCCUCCUAAUCCCUCACACUCGGACUCCCACAACCAAAAUACGUGCACUGAAAAGAUAAAAAGAUAA